AUGUACUUAAAUAAUUAUGUGAAACAUACCUGUAUAUGGAAUACAUCCAAAAUAACAUUUAAAGGCAGACUUUCUCGGCAUUUUGAAAAUUUCGUGGAAUCCAAAUCAAAGGGCAAUAUCGAGGUCCAGUAUAUACAAGGCGUAGGGUCAAUCGUUUACGUAUCCAAUCACAGAGUCCAAGAAAGAAGCAGGGUCAAAAAUCAAAGAGCACAAAACAGAUCACAAGAACACCUCGAAACAAGGAACAAGACAGAAAAAUGUUUUCAAAAGACAACGUACUUUCCCUUUCCUGUCAUUCAUCAUUUACGUUUCAUUUCACGUAUGAACCAUGGUAUGAACCACUUUUUCAAAAGUGUUUAUUAUUUUGCUACUAUAUUUUUUAAAUUUUAUCUAACUUAA